CAAAAGAGCCCAGUCUGUUCACGGAGAUUCUUCUUCAUUUCAGUCCCCUUCUGUCUCGUUUCACAAUGCACGGUCCUUCAGAAUGAACAGGUUCGUUGCAAGAAGACUUUGUGUAAAUGUGUAUGGCUUGAGGGUUCAGCGGAGGAAUUUGUGUAGUGAUGAAGCUGCAAAAGUAGCAGCUACUUCUGAUUCUGGCCAAAAAAGCAAUGGUGAGGUGAAGCAGAGUUUUACAAAUAAUGAUCAUCAAUAUGAUGUUGCUAUUGUUGGAGGUGGCGUGGUUGGCAUGGCCUUGGCUUGUUCUCUAGCAACCACACCAUUGACAAAAAAUUUGAAUGUUGCCAUCAUUGAUAGCAAUCCUGCUUUGGUGAAAAGAGACUGCAUAAAGAAAGAGGACCCUCCUGAUCCAAGGGUCAGUACAGUCACACCUGCAACUAUAUCAUUUUUCAAAGAUAUUGGUGCUUGGCAAUACAUUGAACAGCAUCGACAUGCAUAUUUUGAUAGGAUGCAGGUUUGGGAUUAUACUGGCUUAGGGUACACAAGAUACAAUGCAAGAGAUGUAAACAAAGAAGUUCUAGGGUGCGUGGUGGAGAAUAAGGUGCUUCAUAGCUCAUUGUUGUCAUGUUUACAGAAUUCUGACUUCCGGAAAACCAUUUACCCUUCAAAGUUAACUUCAAUGACUUUGCAACCAAGCUCUUCCUCCACGGGUGUGGACAACACAUCAGCAACAGCAUUGUUCACUAAACGGCAUUUAGCAAAGUUGGAACUUAGUGAUGGCAACAACCUCUAUGCGAAGUUGGUGGUUGGAGCUGAUGGGGGCAAGUCACGAGUUAGAGAAUUAACUGGAUUCAACACUACUGGAUGGAAUUACUCACAAAAUGCUGUCAUCUGUACAGUAGAACAUACUAAAGAAAACCAUUGUGCAUGGCAACGGUUUCUACCUGCUGGUCCAAUUGCACUUCUACCAAUGGGUGAUAAAUUUAGCAAUAUUGUCUGGACCAUGAACCCAGAAAAUUCGAAAGACUGUAAAUCAAUGAACGAGGAUGAGUUUGUGCAAACAUUAAAUCAUGCUCUUGAUUAUGGCUACGGUCCUCAUCCUAAGUCAAGCUCAUGGGGUGCUACAGGUAUGUUUUCUUGGCUCGGAAGAGAUGUAACUAUAUCCGCUAAUGAAUCCUUUGAAGUGCCACCAAAAGUGGUCAAGUUAGCAUCCGAAAGAAUGGUGUUUCCACUGUCUUUAAAGCAUGCCAAUGAGUACGCAUCAAAGCAUGUGGUUCUAAUUGGCGAUGCAGCGCAUACUGUUCAUCCCUUGGCUGGUCAAGGAGUUAAUUUGGGUUUUGGAGAUUCACUUGCUCUUUCUAGAAUCGUCGCUGAGGGUAUUGCCGUAGGCACAGACAUCGGGGAGGUAUCACUACUGAAAAAAUAUGAAGCUGAAAGGAAACCAGCAAAUGUAAUGAUGAUGGCUGUUCUGGAUGGAUUUCAGAAGGCAUACUCUGUUGACCUUGGGCCUCUUAAUAUUCUGCGAGCUGCUGCAUUUCAUGGGGCUCAGUAUAUUCCAUUUCUUAAAAGGAAUAUUAUUUCAUACGCCUCUGGAGAACAGAGACUUCCCCUGCCUUGACGCGUUUCCUAAAGUACCUUGUUAUCUGAACAAUAAUUUUGACACCAAAAAAAAUAAAAUAAAGAACGUUUAAAUGACUUGAUGUUGUGCAUAAUACCAAUAAAUAAGACCUCUUUUUAGUGGAU